AAUAAUUAGGUCAGAAUUUCAAUUUCAUGCCCUCACUUCUAGAGUUCAAGUUCACGCCGCCACUAUACUGACCCUCCCGUCUCGGCCGCUCAUCUCACGCCGUCACCGGCGCAAUCGUCUCCGGCCAUCUCUCCUUCUGAGAAGUCUCCGAUAGUCGCUCGGGAGAUUUGGCCUCUCAUCUCACGCCGUCUCCGGCGUUCAAUCGUCUCUCCUUCUCAGUCUCCAUCCGUCUCUCCUUAUCAGAAGUCUCUCAAUCUCCGGUCGUCUCUCCUUCUCAGAAGUGUCCGAUAGUCGCUCGCGCUCGGCUCUCCCUCACCGUUGCGUUGCCGCCGGCUACGAUACUUUGUUGCGUACGACUUAUCCAAAUAAAUUUCUCAAGAUAAGAAGAAGAAGAAGAAGACGAUAGCUGCGAAGAUGGUGUCCGGUUCCGGUAUCUGUGCUAAGCGCGUCGUCGUUGACGCUAGGCAUCACAUGUUGGGAAGGCUCUCUUCCAUUAUCGCCAAAGAGCUUCUCAAUGGUCAAAAAGUCGUGGUCGUCCGGUGCGAGGAGAUCUGCAUCUCCGGUGGAUUGGUCCGCCAAAAAAUGAAAUACAUGCGUUUCUUGAGGAAGCGGAUGAACACCAAGCCUUCUCAUGGCCCCAUUCACUUCCGUGCUCCUGCUAAGAUCCUUUGGCGCACCAUUCGUGGGAUGAUUCCCCAUAAAACUAAGCGUGGUGCAGCAGCGCUUGCCCGUUUGAAGGCCUACGAGGGUGUUCCUCCUCCAUACGAUAAGAUGAAGAGGAUGGUCAUCCCUGAUGCCCUCAAGGUCUUGAGGCUUCAAGCUGGACAUAAGUACUGCUUAUUGGGCAGACUCUCUUCGGAGGUUGGAUGGAACCACUAUGAUACUAUCAAGGAACUCGAGAGGAAGAGAAAGGAAAGAUCCCAGGCUGCAUAUGAGAGAAAGAAGCAGUUGAAUAAGCUGAGGAUUAAGGCCGAGAAGGUUGCUGAGGAGAAGCUUGGUCCCCAACUUGAAGUUAUUGCUCCUAUCAAAUACUAAUUUAUUAUUUUGAUCUCAGAAACAACCACUGGAGAAUUGAGUUGCAGUUGAAUGCUCUAUUUUAGUAGACCAUGAUACAUCUUUGUAUGCUUCCAGUAUAACCUUUUUGUUAUGCAUGUCCAGUAGAUUCACGAUGCCUGUUAAUCCAAGCAAAAAUGUUUUGAUCGUCUCUUUGCUAUGCAUAUCGUUGUGUCUGAACUCUGCAGUUGAUUCUUAUGAAUUGGCUUGAAAAAUUAGUCA